AUGUAUUGGGAAACUCUGAGUGUACUUAACGAACUUUUUGAAUUUGUGACUGUUGAGAGACCGUUAAAGCAUAUAUCAGUGUAUGGAAAUAUUGAGGGAGUUAAUAUCAGUGAGUUAUUAUCACCGAAAUAUUUAAUUUCUAUAUAUCUAGAAUCAAUUUCGUAUGGUGCACUUGUCGAUAUCUUACCAGUUUUAUCACAAGUUAAACAAAUUAAUAUUGGUUUACUAUCGGUAGACAGAAUGUGGUGCUAUCUUAAGUUGCCUCUGGAGUCUGCUACCGUAUGUUCACUGAACUUCGACAAAAUUGGCUCCGAUAUAAACUUAACCCAGAUUAGAUCUCGAUUAGAACAAUUACCAAAUUUACAAAAAUUAUUUUUUACAGAAAUCGAAAAUCAGACGUUAGUCGAUGGAGACCAAUGGAAAUCGAUACUUCGGGUGUCAAAUAUUCAGAAAUUUUACUUCCACUUUGUGGAUAAACAGAAAUCUAUUAAAUUAGAUCGACAUCUCAAAGAAAUUUUACCCCGCUUUCAAAGUGAUUUUUGGUUAAAGGAGAAACAAGCUUCGAUUAAAGCAGUUGGUGGUUGUGUAAGAAAAGGAAAACAUUCUGAAUUUAAUCUGACAGUAAAGUUUUGA